AUGUUAAGAAUGGCGCAUCGACUGACGUCCCACCACAGGGCAUUAUUUUCACCAAAGUACCUUUCUGGAACGUCAGCACACAUCACUACCACAUCAUAUUUCAGAACCCCGUUUGAGGUGAAAGACAAAGACGACUUUCAGAAGAAAGUUUUGGCCUCUGCCAAACCUGUCCUUGUGGACUUCUAUGCUGAGUAUGGAAAAUAUUAUUUAUUUUUAAGUUUUGUUUAUUUCUUUAUCCUAUUUUAUGGUUGUUUUUUUCUGGUCUUCAGGAAACUAACAUUUCCCAUUUAUCUCCCAUGGAACUUUUCAGUGACUGCAUAGCUGAGACCUCACUCUAAAUACUGAAUAAUUAUACUGCAACUGGAUGAAUCAAGUUUUUAGAACCCUAUAAACUGCAAAAUAUUAUGAGAAAGAUUUCAAUCAAAUUUGACCCUAUUAGACAAAAAUGACCUAUAUAUCACAUACAUUUACCAUUAUUAAUAAUAUACGAGAAAAGUUACUUACUUCUGAUUGGCCGAAAACAAGUGCAUUUUCAUGUAAUCUAAGUUGUAACAUGAUUGGAAAUUACAAAAGUACAAAUAACAAAUGAGCAAGCAUGCACUAUCAUAAUUUUCUGUGAUGCUCUACAGGGUAUAAACAAGCACUUAUAAAUUUUUUCAAAGACUACAAAUUGAGAGGUUUCAUUCAUGUUUUCAGCAGGGGGGCAACUUGUUUUCACAGGUGGGUAAAACUUUUUGAACUGAAAUUCUUUGUAGGAAAAACAUUCCUCUAAAUGGCCAAUCUAGGUGUGUGAAGCUGUCCUCACAAGUGGUCAAUUUUCCCAGUGCCUGUUCUUAAUGAAACCCUUGCAAAAUGCACUUUCCCUACCAGCUUGUGUAAUUUUUUUGUCUAUGAAAAGUUUUCAUUUUAGCUUAUUUACACCAAAUGGCACUCAAAAUCAUGUUAUUACCUAAUGAUACCAUUUGUAAGUCAUUUCUGCACUGAAGGUAAUAAAAGGUAGAUUCUUUAAAACUCACAUUACCCACAUCUCAUCUCUUAAACAGCUGGUGUGGCCCUUGUAAAGCCUUAUCUCCAAAGUUAGAUGCAGUAAUGGGAGAGAAAGAGGGCUUGUUAGAGCUGGCUAAAAUCGAUAUUGAUAUCCAUUCUGAUCUGGCUUUGGAAUAUCAAGUAAGAAGCUAUUUGAUAAAGUAGUACUGACAAGUCUAUCGAGUACUUUAUUACUCCUCUCAGUUAGUACUUGUGCUAUGAUCAGUCAAUUUAGCAGGCUGUAUUUAACUGUACCACCCACUAAAUUUAAAAGUAUGUCUGAUGUGGGAUCUUCCUCUAUUUGAACCCAGAGAUAUACCUUGUUUUCUCUAAUUCACCAAGUUCUAGGUCCUUACUGUAAGUUAUGGAACCCCGUCUUUUUGCUGAGUUUUUAAACUUGGUUAAUAAAAGAUAUGUACCACAUAUUCCAGUAAGUCAAGUGUGUCUGCUGUUAGUGGUUUUUGUAUCAUUUUGAUAAGUUAUCCAAUUUGGGUUAGCAUACCAUUCAGCAUACAGUGAUGUAUUCUUUGUGGUUUUCUUGUUGUUGUUCCUCAGGUUACAGGAAUUCCUACUGUUUUGGCUGUUAGGAAUGGGAAAGUUGUUAACAAGUUCACUGGACUAAUAGAAACCAAAGAACUUCGAGAAUUUGUAGAACAACUCUUAAGUUAA